GGGUACACGCCCAUAAGCAGACUAGUCCCGCAGUUCUUUUCUCAAGUGGCGGUGUUCAGGAAUCCAACAAACCACCCCUCCCCUUCCCACUUGCUGCUCCUCGUCACGGUGGAGAGGGUGGUGAUGGGCACUUCAAUAUCUGCUCGUACUAGUCACGUCCAGUCGAGUCGUCACUGUCUGUGCCCAGGUUCCGUUGGAUUCGGUCAUGCCGCAAAUAAGCUCGUACUUGAGUUGAUGAGAGUGUCAUCACAAUUCCGGUGAAGAUGGGGUGAUUAUGUUGCUUCUCUCAGUUGCAUCGACGCCCUCUGAUUCUUCUAAUGCUUUUGAGGUUUCCAAAGAAUCCCAAAACUUCUGUCUUAUUUUCGUUGCACUAGUCUAGUGUCGAUUGCCUCUUAUCCUUGUGCAUAGUCGAGUUUAAUAUUAGUUCAUAGAAAUUGAGUGCACAUAUAAAAUUGAAGCGGGUCACGAGUCUAUCUUUCUCCCUUCGUGGUAUCUGCUGCAGCGAUGGAGACUUCUCCCCCUCGCUUUGAUUCACAAAGGUAUAGCUAAGUUCCCUCUUCAAACCAUACAUUUCGGAAACAAUGUGGGUAGUGUGUCGUCGUCCACUCUGUACCGACUUUGAUGCCUUCAAAGAUUCAGUUCAUAAGUCAAUCUGGGCGUGAAAUCGUCGUUUCUUCGGUCAUGAGCGACGUCAGAGAGUGAUUAUAUCCGGAUUUUUUCUCGUUGUAGAUGGGUUGUGUCGGAUACUAACGCGAUAGUGCAUCAUGAUUUCAAGUCCGAGAUGAAGAUGACUGAUUCCUCCUGACAGCAAAAUCUUAAUUUUGCGAUCUUCGACUCUGAUAGACACUGACGGAUCUGUCCACAUGAUACUUACAACGGUGACAUCACUAGUGCAUUUGUUGGGUCGUUACAAUCGAAGUCCAUCUUACUUUGAGUUGAACCAGUCGGUUAAGGUUCAGUUUUGGUCUCUGAUUGAAACUGCUGUCCAUCUUAUCCCCAUCAGAAACAUUCCUUUGAGCUCCAAACUCUCGAGUAUUCAGUGUAGAGCCUCAAACGUAGAGUAUCAAGGAUAUAGGAACUUCUCAAAAACCUGAAGUUGAUCUUCCCGAACUCAUCAAGCUGGCGCUUCUUCUUUUAAUAAGUCUUGUAGUAGUUAUGUCUGGCCUGAUGUUGAACUGUGGAUUAUCGUCUAAUUAUCAGUCAUACCACUUCAAUUCGAUGCUUCCCAUGCUGGUUCGUCGGUUGGGGUCCAUGGCAAGCAAUAUUGCCGCAGAAGACAAUUGGCAUGGCGCUAUCGAGGUUGUCAUAUCCGCACCCGUGGAGAAGGUCUGGGCAAUCGCCUCGGACUGGCUCAAAUUCCCGCGUCGAUGUUCAGUUGAGUGUGCCGAGGGAGAGAACGGCGUCCCUGGUUGUGUUCGCAAGGUCCAAGCGCACAAUUCUAGCUUCUGGGUCGCCGAAAAGCUCACUGAAAUCGACCACGAUAAACGAUUCCUCACUUAUGAUCUUGUGGGUGGCAACACUGGUAUUGAGAUUGGUUAUAGAGCUGCCUUCCAAGUCAUAGAUGAAGGAGAAAGUAGGACCAGAGUGGUGUGGCCUUUCAUGUUCAGCCCUGAGCAGGUCAGUGUGGAGUCACUGAUUUCUGUUGUUAAGAAGAAGGUAAAAGCUCAUAUUAAGGAACUCGAGCAGCUCGCCCAAGAUGCUUAGCUCAAGCGUGCUUGAGAUUGAACCAAACAAACUAAACAUUACUAUGUACAACAGGCUUAUUGCCACGUCCUCUUAACGACUUGAUUACUUCGUUCUUUUUGAAAAUUUUCAACACGGUAGUGUUUUCUUUUCGGACAAGCACGCAAAGUGGCUAUCGGAGGUUCCACGCAUGUGAUUCCGUUAAGCAUCUGGAACUGACUAGAACACCUGAGAGUAUGAAAAUAGUUCACAGGCAGAUGCUAAGACCAAAAAGCGGGUGUUUGUCAGUAGUGCUUUCUUUUCUUCGUUCUUUCACUUGGCUGCACAUCGUUCGACAACAGCAUGCAUUUUACUUACCAGAAAGUCCCAAUCUGAAUCGAAGCGGAAACGGCACGUUUCUGACUCCCGGGUAGUGCCCAUGAAUGUUGUUUUUCUAGUUUUUACCAGCUUGCAAGCUGGAGCCGAGAGUAUUCUCUUUGGCUCUCUCCUUGCAAGUUGUGCAUACUGUUGAUGAUUCUGUUACUACCCAGUAGAUGUAGCACCACCACCGUCUCUAAAUUUUUCUCUCAUUGAUACAUGGUGAGUAUGUUUAGGAGAUAGUCUUGUAUUUUCAGUGACUUGAAAUUUUCAAGUACUUCGGUAGUACUUGGUGCACACCAGCUGGAAUAGCACGAAGUAGGAUAGAAGUGGUUCCCUUUAUGCUUGCUAUCAUAUGCAAGCUGUUGGUUUUUUUCCUUACUCUAGAAGUAAGUUGUCACUGCGUUCCACUUCCAACUCCUCAAAUUUUUACUCUGGUAUAUGAUCUCCAAAUGUCGCAGUACGAAGGUGACAUAUGACUACGUUCACAUUUCUUUUCAUGGGCUUUGCUACCAUGUGUACAGACCUCUCUCUUACAAUAAAACGGCUUGUGCCUUAUUAAAUCCUGAU